UAUAAUCAACAUAAUUUUCUCAGUAACAGUUCAUUUUGAGUUCGACGGAAAUAUGGCACGUACACUCCUUUUUAAAUUAUUUUGUCUGCUUGUAAUAUUGUCAAUGCUAGAUUGUGCAGAAGGUCGGCGGAAGAAAAAAGAGCGACCUGGGCAUGCUAAAUUGUCACGUCGUUCGAGAAAUGAAAGAAUGGUCGAUCUUCAAAUUGGAAACAAGAAACGGUGGCUCAAACUAAAGAAACGCCAUUUACGGAGAAUUAAUAAAAGGCUAUCACGCAAAAAACUGGAUGUGGGAUACUUCUCCUCAUCUGAUGAAACUGUGGGUUGCUUAGAAGAAUGCAUUAAUGAACUGACAAACCAGGAUUGCACAAGUCGUUGUUUGGAGCAAAUGGAAAACGGAUACAGUUAUAUAAAACAUAAUAAGGCCAUCACAGUAGAAAAUGAUGAGGAUAAAAUGAUGUUUAUGGACAAACAUAUACUAUGUAUGUUUUGUGUACUUUCAGACAUUACUGAGUCAAACAAACCCGUGCAAAAAUAGAUGAAAAAAGCGUAAAACAAGGAUUUUUUUUUCUUCUAGUCAGAAAAAAAUGUAUAUUACCACACCUAAUCGGUAUUCCAAAACUAGCAUGGGCAAAACGUCGGCGUUAAUAUCUACAUAUAUAUGUAACUAUAAAGUAAGAAAGUAAAUAAACAGAGAAAAAUAGUACAAAAUCAAGUAUUGACAAUAAUUGACUUAAAUGCUAUUGUCGUUCGUGUACUUUAAAUUAUCAUGAGAAUGAAUAUUUUAAGCUCUCCAACGAAUGAAAAAAGGGACUAAAAAAGGCAGAGGCAGAAAACCUCGCAAACGGACGAUACUGGUUCCCAACAUUGUCGAUAUACAGAAUAGUACUGGAGUUAUAAAACUCAGGUUCAUGGUAGAUUCUAGCUUUAUGAAAAUAUUUGUAAACUUUUCUGAUGCUGACGUGCAGGCUGCGAAAGACGAAGUAGAAUUUUUCUUCGCACUCGCAAUGAAUCGAGUAGCCUUGUACUAUUCUUCACUAAAGAGACUUGCAGUUACUUUCAACACAACAAAUAAUGUGACGUUUCCGCUGGAUUUGACUGUUGCCAUUGAGAAUAUUACAUUCCCACCUUAUAAUGAAACGACUAAAAGCUUUUAUGACGUGCCACCGAUAGCAUUAAACAGACGAGGGGAAGGAGAUAACACCAGUUUGGUUAUAAACUAUCUUUCCUACCCGAACGGAACGCUGAUAGGUUCUACUGGGCUAUUCGCAGACUUUUCUGUGUAUAUGCGUGGACUUUUUGAAGACCCGAUCAGUUUUGAUAUCUUGCAAAUCAUCACAGGGGAUGAUCUGGUCAAAGAUCAAUACGUAUUACUAGACACUGGACCUAGUCUUCUACUUACAGACCCAGGAGUCACUGGAGUUGCUUACGCAGGGGCGUUCUGUAGUGAUUUUCAACCUUUUCCAUUUGACGGUCGGUUUGGAUUUGUCGAAUUUUUAGUACCGUAUUUCGACCGUGUUAUUGCGCAUGAGCUUGGUCACAGCCUUGGGGCUGGACAUGACGGAAAUGAACGCUGUGCAAGAAGUGAUCUUACACUAAUGACACCCUUUGCAUUGCCAAAAGUGAAGAACAUGUCUGCAGAGUAUUAUAAUUUCUCUAUUUGUUCUGCAGAAGAGAUUGCAAACCAUUUUUCGAGUUUCACCAGUGAAAGAAUAGCAACAUGUUUAUACACUGAAAAACCAACCGCUGACGAUUUCCUAGACAACUACUGCAAGGGACUGGCGGGCAGGCACUAUGACUUCAACGCUCAUUGCAAGCUGUUUUUUGGUAACGAUAGCUACGUGUGUACCGAGGUUUGUUUCAACGGAGAUUGUUUGUCAGAAUUUACACUUUGUAGUAAAAAGUCAAUAGGUAAUGGAAGAGGAAAGAGGAAAAACAAUAAGAAAGGGAAAAGUAGAAGAAACAAAAAGAAGAAUAAAAAAGAAAAGAAGAUUGUUGAUAAAAAGAAGAAGGGAGGAAAAAAUAGGAAAGGAAAAAAGAAGAAUAAGGGAAAGAAACAAAAUAAAAGGUCCAGCAGGAGGUAUUAACUACUGCUGGAAAAUAAUCAUGAAUAUACCUUGUUUAGUUUGCAGUGUAUUUCUUUCUUACCUAAUGCUCUAUCUUUCCGUUGAAGUUUAAAUUAUAUUAUGCGGUUAAGUAAAUAGACAAAAUAAAUAGACAGAGCAAAAACGUUCGAUGUACAUUUCUUUGCAAAUGAAUUAAAUGGGUUUUAUCAGUGCAUGACAAACCUUGCUAUUUAUUAUUUCACGGAAUGUUUGUUGGAGGAGAUGACAAUUCUUAAUAUUAUUCAGUUCAAAGUGUAAUAAUUUCUUUUAGAUAUAUGGUGUAACGUUGUGAUAUCGUAAAAUCGUUUCAUGAUAUCACUAAUUGAUUUUCAUACCACAGAUACAUAUGAUUAUUUCACCAAAUGAUUCGAUCUUUUCAUAUCUUACAAUAAGUGUUAUUUUAAGAUAUUUCAGAUUCAAAUAUGUGAUAUCUUUAAUUCUGUCUUAUGUUAUCCAUAAAUAAGAUAUUUUUAUAUCACAAAACGAAUCUAGGAUGUAAUUAAAGAAAUUAAACUGAAUAUGCAGAAUCAAAUAAUUGGGAAUGAAUUUUUAAAAAACUUGGCAUUCAAUAUCAAUGUCAUUCUACAGGUGAAAUGCAAUGUUCAUAUGUGAAAUAAUUCCAAAUUUCUCUAAAAAGUCUGCAUAAAUAUCUCAAGAAUAAGAACAUAUAUAUUUUGUUUUACUAUAUAAUCUGUUAACUGUGAGACAUUCAAAAUUUGUAUUCGCGAAAAUAUCAUCAAAAUUGUCAUUUUUCCCCAUUAACUCCCAUUAUGAACACUUCAAUUUUCAGUAUUUUGUUUUUCAAAUCAGCACAGGACCCUUUUAGUUUUAUUUUGCGAUUUUGUUCAUAUGUUCUGAAGUUACAAUAAAAUUCUACAAUGUAGAAUAUUUCAUUACCAGAACGUGCGAAACUACUUUAUAUGGAAUAAAAUAUUUUAUAAAAAGUCAUUUUUAUAUCAUUAAAUCGAUUUUAGAUAUCUUCAAUUUGAUUUCCAAGAUAUCUAAAAUAAACUAUUGAUUUUUUAAGCAAGGACAAUUUUUGGAUAUCUUUAAAUCUGAUUUAUGAUCAAAUGAGUAAGAUUUAACAAAUAUAUUAUUGCCAACAAAUAAUUGAUGUCCAUAAAUCGAAUUUAGAACAUCAUAAAAUAAAACCCCUUUUUACAUAUCUUUAAAUGACUAAUUGGUAUUAUCCAGCGAUUGUUAUUUAUUGAGGUCAAAAUGAGGAGUUAUCGACAUCAGCCGAGCCUUAAAUGGGAAAGAUUGAUAUCUGAUGAUUAAAUAAAACAACUAAAAGGUUACAUGAGAAAACAAACAUUUGCAGCAGUUAAUUAUUUUCUUGGUGUUUUGGUCUGUCAUUGUGUACGACAUCACAUUGUUAUGACGUCACUACAUGUUGUUGUUUUUUGCGCCGCCUACAUGUCAGCACAACUUUAUCAUCAGUUUGUGACCAUGGUUAGACAAAUGUAAAGGGUUGCAAAUUUAACUUAGGUUAAAAAAUAUAAAAUGUAUUUUCGAAUGGCAUACAAUAUUUUAUAACUGAUGUUAUAGUGGACGCAACUUGACCCCGAUGGUUGACCUUUGUAUUAUAAUACAUAAUGAGGCACAACCUAUUAUUGAAAAGGAGUGCACUGUAUACAAACUUACUGUAAAUAUACAUGGAUACCCUUAGCACCCCUUAUUCAUACUAAUGAAAUAAUCGAUAUGAAUAAUCAGCCUAAGGUCAACCAUCGCGGUCAAGUUGCGACUACUAUACCUUACUGCAAUAAAAAAAGAAAACAAUUUUAGUAUAUAUCGGAAAUGUUAACGACUUACCAACCAGUCACACUGGAAUAGUACUUGACUGUUCGACCACCUGUACUGGAUGCAGUUAGCUUACCCACUAGGUCCCAUUGCACGGAACUCAUAUACAAUAUACAAUCGAUUCUUAUUCUGUCUUCUUUGAAUACUCUUCCACAUUUUUUGAAGAAGGUGAUGAUGAUCUCUUAUAAAACUAUAACUAGUCAAUUGUCAGCAGUUUCAUGUAUUGCUUUAAUCCUGUUAAACUGAAAUAUGAAUUUUGUUAAUAUUAAUACAUGUUCAAUAAUUCAUUCAGUUUAUCUGUAUUUGAUAUCACUAUUUAUUUCAAAUAAAAACAACUUUAUUAAGAGGAAGCUGACUUUGAAGAGAAUGGGUGGGGUAUGAUCAAAUUUAUCUACAAAAAAUGUAUAACGUUUCGGUACAUGACAUGGAUACUGUCUCAGUUGUUAUUAGUGCAUUAUGUAAAUAAAGGAAUGCUCACAAAAAUAAAUUUAAAAAAUACGCAAAAUAUAUAUAAGAAAGUUAUUGUUGAAUUACAUAUGACUCAUUGUGAGCAUCCAUAGUCAACAACUAAUACUUGUUGUGUGAAAACAAUAGCACUAUUCCAAAGUCAGUUUCCACUUGUUGCACGAUACUGCUGUCAUUCACGUUGGGGUCAGACAAGUUACAAAUGCAAUACCAUCGAAAUGUAAUUAAUUGAUGAAAAUUUUAUCUCACAAUGUAAAAAAGUGGAAUUUGUAUUAACAACUACAUUUACUCUGAUCUGAGUAGCAUUCAGUUUAUAAAUGACUUUAUGACCCUUACUGGGAGAGAAAACUUAACACAUAUCUGUUGUUUAAUGGUCAUGGGAUGACCUUAUUUAUUUGUACAACAUAUAAGAGAUAAUCAUUGAAUUGUAAUACAAAUGUAUAAGCGUUGCAUUGGAAAUCAUUUUUCUAUAAAACAGUCAGUGAAAACAGAUGUAUAAGAUUAACGAAUGGUAACGAAAUGUGAAGGGUUCGUUCGAAAUGGCAAAACUGUAAACCAAUGUAUAAAAUUCUUGAAUGGACACAAAAUGUAGGGGGUUUGUUUGUAAUAGCAGACAAAACAAUAACAUUAAAAAGUUUUUGACAUGAGUACCUCCUUGUAUUUUCAAUAACUACAGUGGUGCAGGGGAUGGCGGUAGGCCAAAACGCGUAUUUUUCUUUGUGUUUAUCUAACCCACGCUAAAGUAGACUGAUUAAUCCGGUUCUGACCAGUUUUGAUAGAACUAAAUUCCUGACCAUUUGCCGUCAUAUUCCUGACAGUUACUCCCUCCCAGUUCAUGUCAUAAAAUACGCUACACCGUGAAGUGUAGCUUCCCUUUAUGACCCUUACUGGGAGAGAAAACUUAACACAUAUCUGUUGUUAAAUGGUCAUGGGAUGACCUUAUUUAUUUGUACAACAUAUAAGAGAUAAUCAUUGAAUUGUAAUACAAAUGUAUAAGCGUUGCAUUGGAAAUCAUUUUUCUAUAAAACAGUCAGUGAAAACAGAUGUAUAAGAUUAACGAAUGGUAACGAAAUGUGAAGGGUUCGUUCGAAAUGGCCAAAAAGAUAGAUAUUUGCUAAAUUUCUAUCUGCCCCACAUUUCGUCCAGGGGGGUGCUGUAUGGCAAGGAGGCACCCAGUUAAAGACAUGAUGUAAAAUAUUCAUGUAGUAACAAUAUAUAUGACUGACUAGAACAGAUUAUACUGGCAUUAUGAGCAUUCGGAAAUAAACAUUUACAACAAAAAUAUAAUUAUCAAAUAGACAUUCAUGAUGUUUUUAGUUCAAACUUUACAAUGAAAUACACAAGCGAAAAUAGACAUUACA